UUAUUUCUUUUCAGUGUGUAGGUGUUGGCUAGUGGGCGCAGUCGCCUGGUGAUAGCCAAGCAGUGUAUAGUGCAGUGCAGUGUUUUGGUUGUCCGCCUUGAUCCUUGUUAGCCAUGUCGCAGGCAGUGUGACUGGAGGGUAGCAGGUGUUGCGGCCGGUGCCAUGGGCGGCAGGUAGCACCGCGGCGCGGGCGUGUCGUGGGCGUGGGUGGCCGUAAUGGCCCCUGCCCUUACUGAAGCGUCCGACCCGCAGACGUUCCACGUGGCUGUCCACCAUCACUCAUCAGGGCGUGCUGGUGAUACCCGUGCUGGCCGUAGCAGCUCCCCGCCCAGCGCUCACCUCCCUCUGCAGUAUGGUGGACUGAAGGAGCCCCACGACUGUACUGACGCUCACCUUGCUGCCGCCCUUGCUAACGGCCCCCACCGCAUCCCCCGCCUCCUGCCGCCUUCGCCCCCAGGCGCGGGUGGGUUGGCGUGUGGGCGGGAGGGCUGUGACCCUCCCCCGCGCCCCCACGCCGCCCAUACUACCAUGGACCCCCCGCCGGGCCUACCGCUCCUUGCAGAAGCCAACGAUAACCCUCCUAACUGGUGCGAAGCAACCACCAUGGGUCAAGACACCGUCCCAUCGCACGAUGUGCAAGACAACACUGCACCACAUAGGUCACCAAGACCCCAGCCCCAAGAUGGUGAUAUUCUGGCUCUCAUAGGGCAAGAAUUUGCUAACAUGAAUGAGGUAAUUGACACACUGACCCGCCUGGCAGACAACCCCGAGGUCUUAGCAGCUGUAGACACAGCUGCCCUUGCCCUUCCUCAACAUGCCAGCCACCAGCCACUAGAAGGGCAAGUACUACACCAGAUGCCCAAGGAAGAGCGGGUGCAGCUAUUGGUUGAUGAACUUGGUCGUCACCAGUGGCAAAUACAGAGGCGUCAGGCACGCCUACAACGCCGCCUCCGCCGAGUGACAGCUCGUGGUUUGGGUGCCACAGUGUCUGGUCAGGUCAGGGAGUUACUGGAGCACGCACAUGCUACCCUGGCUCAACAGCGGGAGAAGACCACACUUGCUGAAGAUGGAGCCACACCGCCCACACCUCCAGAAGUUGGCGUAGAGGCUCUACGAGCAGAUGCCAUGCGUACCAUGUCUACCUCAGCACUAGUAAAUUUAGUGCGUCGUGUGGAGGCAUCACAGGGCCUGGCCAGACUAGCUGCAGCGUCACACCGACCCACCUGCAGUCAGCCAGCCACCCCUGCACCCACUUUACCUGAGCACACCCGAUCUGAGGUGGCUGCAGUAGCUGCUGAAGUGCAUGCUGCUGCCCAUGCCCACACUCAUCAUGACUCAGAUGCCACUGAGACGUCUUCUGGCGGAGAGUCUUGUGACGAGACUGAUGGUUAUAAUGACUCUCAUACCAACUACGCACCUGUGCAGGAACGAGCAUACUAUCGAUACUGCAAGGCGCGGGCGUGGGUGGCAUCAAGGUGGACGUGGCUACAGGCGCAGGUGGCAGACCUUGAAUACAGAAUUUUGCAACAACAUAAAAUAUAUGGGCAUGUGCGUAACGCAAAAGGCGCAGUACAGUUAGAAGAGGGAAGUCGUUGGAGAGGGAUGACUUUACGUGAUCCUGCUCAUUUAGAUGUCCACGAUCCUGCCCUUACGUGCCUGGCUGCCCCCACUACUCGUACUGCUGUAAAUGGGUACCAUAGCAGAGUUGAGGAUGGUGCUAGUGGCAGUGUAUCUGAUGGAUCUUUUGUGUCAGCUCGUACCCAAGGUCUUCGAACUAUUAGAAGACGACGUCUAGUGAGGGCAGGAGCUGGUCUCUGUGCCGGACUUAGACGAGGGGGCGGGGGAGGACGUAUUCCUGCUGUGCAGUGCAAGUGUGUUCCGCCUCUUACAUGUGUGCUAUGCACACGUCUUCAAGGCUUGGUCCCCCCUGCAGCCCCACCAGAUCCCCACACACAACCAGCAAGUGAGCGUCAUGCACGCGUUGACCCCACUUAUCAUCCAGUGCUCUCACAACCUGUUGAUGUUUCACUGUCAGAAAGAUUUGAUGCUAUGUUAAAGACAACGGAUUGGCAACGCCAGAUUCUGACAGCCAAAACUAUUCAGCCUAUUCCUGUAGCAAGAAAUAGAGAAACCUCACAUAUGGAGAAGAAAAAGAAGAAGGAUAAGGAGCGUAAAAAAGAUUAUAAAAAGCAUAAGAAAGAAGGAAAAGGAAGAAUAACUUUAAAACUUAAGAAGUCAUUAUUAACAGGAGAAUUAGUAAGAGACGGAGAAUUCAAAAGAAAAAGAAUGUCAGCUCGGGAUGCAAUAUUAACUAUGAAAAGAGUGCGGCUGGAAGACGAUGACGAUGCGAGUUCAGUGUAUGGUAGUAGCCUCCACUCUUCUCCCUCAGCCAGUCCAGCUCCCAUUGAUCGCACUGCCCAUAAAAGACAUUCUACAAGCUCCAACCAGAAAAAUAAACAGAGUACGACUUCAAAUUCCUACGACAUUGACAACAUAGUGAUUCCAUACAGUAUGGCAGCCUCAACUCGUGUAGAGAAACUUGAGUACAAGGAGAUCCCCACUCCGAAGUGGAGAAUAGUUCCCUUAAUCCCUAAUAAUGUGCAUAGUGCAACAAGUGGUACUAGUCAGGAAGAUGAGGAAGAAGAUGUGAGUGAAGAAGCGACAACUGCUCGACACAAUCGUAGUGAAGAGUUGGAACGUAAAAAGUUCCUUCAGUACCUCCAUAUGCAUGUAACGUCUAGGUCUUCCCGUUCACGAAGAACAGACUCCUCAGGAACCAAUACACCCGACCACCCAUUAUCCCCGCGAGCUCCUGAUCCAGCAAGUGACACAAUCUCUCCUAUGGCCACACCCCCCACCACACCUCUAGCUCCUUCAGAGGACUCUAAUCAAUCAUCGUAUCUCACAAACAUUUCUAGUAUAUCUAAUUCCUGCAGUAAUGCUAUCUCGGUUGUACCUAGUUCUAACUUUGCCACACUCUCCUCACAGCCUGGGCUGGUUAAUAGUUCAUCACAACUCUCGCUCUUUCCUGCCACAUCCCACACAUUAUCCAAUCAGCUCUUUAUUCAAAAUUCUCAGCUUGGAAGUUCUAUGUGCAACCAAGUUCCAAGUUCAGCUUCAUUAUCCACUCAAUCCUCUCUCUGUACAUCUGCUUCUGCCUCAACACUCUCGUCACUUCUUCCUGGGAGUCGGCGUAAUCGUACUCUCAGCAGCAGCAGCAACAGUAACAGAACUCGUGGUUUUCUUGGGACCGAGGAAAGUUUAGCAGAGAAGUUGGAGGGUUUCCUUCCAUACGAACAGCGUGUCUUCCCAUUAAAUGAUACAGAAUAUAUGAUUAUGACAAAGGAGACAGAUGACUGUGAUAUUGGCCCCCUAAGCCCACCCAGGGAUUCCUCCACUCUUGAAACCAACAAUAUUGAUGAGAGUGGUCGUAGUUCCCCUAUGAGUGAAGUAACAGAUUCAGCACCAGAGGAUGAUGGGAGAUAUGAUGAUACAACAGCUACACCUAAAUGGACCAUCUCCGGGCUUAAGGAUGCUACUGGCCAGUGUGUAUUACAAAUACACCGUAACUGACGGUGGCAAACCUCGGAUAAAUCGGACUCUAGAAAUUAAAUUAUAAAAUGUACAAAAUUUAAUGAGCCAAAUUUGGUUAAAGAGCCUGUAACCAAAGAUUCAGAAGUGGGCUUCAUAGAUGCUGUAUUGGAUAUUUGAUUAAACCAGAUUUUUAAGUAAAGAAGUGUUUUAACUUCAAGCCUCGGGUCAAAAUCCUUGAGAAGAAAACUGGGCUUUAAUAUUCAAUAUGGCUAUAGUGAGAACUUAACAAGCUUGUAACAGCUUUUAUUUUUGGUAUCAUUUUAUUAAAUUAUACUGGUUUAAUUGUGGCCUUUAUUAGGCUCAGUAAAAUAUAGUUAGGCAUGCAGUGUGAACCAAAAUUAUCAAAAGGUCAAUUAAUCUUAUAACGGGUGUCAAGGGCUUCGGAUGGAGCCGAGAAGACAAAUUCCUCUCGUUUUUUGAGGGGCAGUUAUCAUUCUGUUUUCAAUGAAAGCUUUGUUAUUUAGUUUCUUAGUAACAAGGAUUUAUACCAAAAACAAAAAAUAUCUUGGUAACAAUGACUAAGUCAUGUUUAUAAUAUGUGGUACAGAUAUUUUCCAGUCUAUUUAAUUAUGAUAGCAUAUCAGUGCUCUUGUGUGAGUGUAGGCAGAGAGAUUGACGUGCAACAUGUAGGAGUGUAAUGAUGCUUGGACAAAGUCAAAAUUUUUUUUAAACAUGGAUUACACGAUUGAAAGCCUCGAACAAGUAGAUGACCAUUUUAUUGAUGAGUGUUAUAGCAUGUAGUAGAAGAGAAUAGUCUAUUGCCUUUAUACUGGUAGGAAUAAGUUAGGUAGUUUAGGUUAUCCAGGUGUAACUGAUGUGAAUGAUGUGAGCUUUGAAAAUUCUGGGAAAGUUUAGAGAGAACCAAUAGGAGUGGGUAGCUUUCAAACUUUUAUUGGAAAACAUUAUAUUUAAGAAAUUUGGAAUAGGAGAGCAGUAACACAGGAGUUAUUAAAAUACACAUCAAUUUGGUAUAAUGUAGAAUGUAUAAAUUUUAGCUGUGAACAGUUUUAUCUUACAAAGGUUAAGUGUACAUUAGGUGACAAGAAUCAAGCAUGUGCAAGUGCAGUGGUGAUUGUUAAAUACAUUCAAGAUUUUAUUUACAUUAUAGUUGAUAUUUAAUACGAUGCCAAAGUGUUCAAAGUGAUUUCAAAAUCUUUAAUUUACUACUAAAUUUCCUGUACAGCCCACUACCAUAUACAGAAAUCAUUUAGAUUUAUUAAAAUUUUAUAUAUACAUAUAUUCUUAAAGGAGGAAGCAUAUAAUUUGUCAUGGCUACCUAACUGGGGUAUGUUUUUGUUGCAAGAACUUGCUGGGAAUAGUGUUUACAGUAUAGUAGCAGCAGUAACAGUCAGGUGCUUCUAAUUAUAUGGGUUGGCUUGAACUUGUUUGAUAACUACCAGUGUUAACACUAUGAUAUAGUAUUUUCUACACCAAAAGCAGUUUUAUUCAAUGCACUGUGGGUCAUUUGUUAUCACGGCCCUGUGCUUUUAUGGACCCAAUGCUUAAGUCAUUGCUGCAGUUUGUUACUGAAGUUGGAAUACAGGGAACUGAACUUCUAAGCAAAUCAUUUGCUUAGCUGACCAUUCUAAUGUAUUUCUUGAUAUUUAGUAUUUUAUGGAAAAGAAGUGAGUAUGCAUCCUUGAUCUGCAGCCAUUACUCAUUAGGUAUUGCAACAACUAAUAGGACUUGAGAAAGAGAGGACUACCCGUUUGUAGAAGUACAUGGCCUCGAGUAAAACUCCUGCGGUCCUCUAACUUGCUGUGCUUCUCACCUAAAAUGGUUACACAGCUAAAUAUACGCUUAUGUAAUUGUGUCAUGGACUCUCCUAAUAGACCAUUUUACUUAUUCAUUUCCACAAAGGAAGUGACGAGUGUUCAACUUUAUUCAUUAGUGUUUCCCUUCAAUUGCUUUCCUUGAUGUAUAUGAACUCUGUACCAGUUUUUCUCUUUUAGUCUAGAGGACUAAUAAAAGUUUUCUUAUUGUUUGCUCUGUUCAAAAAAAAAUGUUGCUCCCUUGGGGGCCUUGUAAUAAAGUAUUUGUAAAAUAUCGAUAGUGAUUGACAUAUUUGUACCUUGUUACCAUUGCCCAUCUGAGCUGAAAUAAACGUAUAUUUGGUUUCACAAAUUACUACAAAGAAAUUCCUUCAUUAAAACAAAUAGUUUUUUAUUUGUUUAUAAUUCAAGUCCUUAUGAUAGGAUGGGUACAAUGGCAUAUUUGUAAAUAAUGUAUAGAAUCCAAUUUGAACACAAGUAUUUAUAUUGUUCAAUGUUUCAUUGAAUUUAAUACUUGUUGCCUGAUUGAAAAAAGCACUGUCCUAAGUCAUUCAAAAGAAAAGAAAAAAUACAAACUGAU